AGGAGUCCUGGCCCCCAGCCCCUCCUCCCUCAGACCCAGGAGUCCAGACCCCCAGUCCCCUCCUCCCUUGGGCCUGGGACCUGAGCCUGGGCACCCCUCUCUGUUCUUGCAGAGAUGCCUGGCAAACAGUCUGAGGAAGGGCCAGCGGAGGCAGGGGCUUCAGAGGACAGCGGAGAGGAGGGUCUGGGCGGCCUGACGUUAGAGGAGCUCCAGCAGGGCCAGGAGGCUGCCCGGGCGCUGGAGGACAUGAUGACACUGAGUGCUCAGACCCUGGUCCGAGCCGAGGUGGACGAGCUCUACGAGGAAGUGCGUCCCCUGGGCCAGGGUCGCUAUGGCCGCGUCCUUCUGGUCAUCCAUCGUCAGAAAGGCACACCCCUGGCACUGAAGCAGCUCCCGAAACCCCGCACGUCCCUCCGUGGCUUCCUGUACGAGUUCUGUGUGGGGCUCUCGCUGGGCGCGCACUCAGCCAUCGUGACGGCCUACGGCAUUGGCAUCGAGUCGGCACACUCCUACAGCUUCCUGACGGAGCCCGUCCUGCACGGGGAUCUCAUGGCCUUUAUCCAGCCCAAGGUGGGCCUCCCGCAGCCCGCAGUGCACCGCUGCGCCGCCCAGCUGGCCUCCGCCCUGGAGUACAUCCACGCCCGCGGCCUGGUGUACCGGGACCUGAAGCCGGAGAACAUCCUGGUGUGCGACCCGGACUGCCGGCGCUUCAAGCUGACCGACUUCGGCCACACGAGGCCUCGCGGGACCCUGCUGCGCCUGGCCGGGCCGCCCAUCCCCUACACGGCCCCCGAGCUCUGCGCGCCCCCGCCCCUGCCCGAGGGCCUGCCCAUUCAGCCCGCCCUGGACGCCUGGGCGCUGGGCGUCCUGCUCUUCUGCCUCCUCACGGGCUACUUCCCCUGGGACCAGCCCCUGGCCGAGGCCGACCCCUUCUACGAGGACUUCCUCAUCUGGCAGGCGUCGGGCCAGCCCCAGGACCGCCCUCAGCCCUGGUUCGGCCUGGCCCCCGCAGCCGACGCGCUUCUGUGGGGGCUGCUGGACCCUCACCCCCGAAGGAGGAGCGCUGUGAGCUCCAUCAGGGAGCACCUGGGGCGCCCCUGGAGGCAGCGGGAGGGCGAGGCUGAAGAAGUGGGAGCGGUGGAAGAGGAGGCUGGGCAGUGAGGAGGCCCUGGGGGAUGCAGAACGGGAAGCCUCACCACCCGAGGCCUCCAAGGCCAACGGCUUUUGGUUUCUCCUCACUGUGUUUUCAUCCAUGGGGCUUGGGAUUCCCCUCUGCAUCCUCCUUCUCUCUCGUCUCUGCAGGCUGCAUUCCUCUCUUGGUCCAUGAGGGCCUCAGACCUCUGCGUGUCCCUCCAUACCUGCCGCCACCUUCCCCAGGGCCUCAGACCUCCGCGUGGCUCUGCACUUGCUGUUUGCUCGGGACCCUUUAGGCUCAUCCCGUCACCCCCUGCAUUUUUAUUUUUUUUGAGACAGGGUCUCGUUCUCUCUCCCCGACUGGAGUGCAGUGGUGCAAUCUCUGCUCACUGCAGUCUCAAAAUCCACAGCUCAAGCAAUCUUCCUGCCUCAGCCUCCUGAGUAGCUGGGACUACAGGCAUGUGCCACCACUCUAGGCUAAUUUUUAACUUUUUUUAGAGAUGGUUGGGGGCGGGUCUUGCUACGUUGCUCAGGUUAGUCUCAAAUUCCUGGCCUCGAGCGAGUCUCCCACCUCGGCCUCCCACAGUGCUGGGAUUACAGCUGUGCAUCGUAAAUGCUUACUGUCUGCCUCCUCAUCCCCCCACUCUACUAUUGCUCUAGGAUGUGUAUCUUCUUCUAACUGUAUGGCUUAUUUUUUGUGGUUAUUUUGUGAGCUCCUGGAGUCGGGGGUCUUUGCCACCUUCCGUUUGCUGACAGACCCCAUGUACUCAGCGAUGGCCUGCAGCAGGGGUCAGGAAAUGUCUGUUAAAUAAAUAAGCCUGUCUGGUGUGGCGCAGCCUCCCCUCCGUCCCUGUCCUCCCGCCGUCCUUUCUGCUUCUCUCUGGCCGGGUCUCCCUCCCACCUGGCACCACCCUCUCUGUGAUGUGUUUUGCCUUCUCUCACCCCAGCCGCUCUGCAAAUAAACUCCAUCUGGCACU